GCAGGCUAAAAUGAAAAUACGUGGUAAGUAACCUCGACUAUUCGGUAUCGUUUUUGUCAUACCCCACGCUUGAGCAGCCAUUUUGCAAAGAGGAAGAGAGGGCGAACAAAAUUGUUUUUUUCUAGGUUAUGACCAGAAGAGGCGACCUGGAUUGCAAAAUUUACGUAGGUGAUCUCGCAAGAGACACCAAUGAAAAGGACGUCGAGAGGGCAUUCAGCUACUAUGGCCGCCUAAGAAGUGUUUGGGUAGCAAGGAAUCCAGCAGGCUUUGCCUUUGUUGAGUUUGAAGAUCCACGAGAUGCAGAUGAUGCAGUUCGGGGACUUGAUGGAACAAGUAUCAAUGGGUCUCGCGUGAGAGUUGAGCAUUCCACUGGCAAGGUACGCCCAAAACCAUGGCUACGGGGUGGCCGUUCUGGACCAAGGGGUGGUGGUGGUCGACGGCCAUUCCAUCCAGAAGAUCGCUGUUAUGAGUGCGGGGAGACAGGCCACUAUGCUUAUGAUUGUCCAAGACACAGAAGAAGUGGUGGAAGAAGGUAUUCGAGGUCCAGAAGCAGGUCCAGGUCCCCAAGGAGGAGGAGUUACUCCAGAAGUCGCAGCAGGAGCCGUGGUGGAAGUCGUGAACGGGGAAGUCGUGAUCGCAGAAGCCGUGACAGAAGCAGGGGAAGCAGGGAUCGUUAUGCAAGCCGAUCACCUGCCACACGUUCUCGAUCCAGGAGUGCAGCAAGAAAUGAUGACUAAAUGCACAUGGCCUCAAAGAUUGUCAUUGCUUUCAUUCAUUGAUAACAUGUUAGCAUCUUCAUUUGUAGUCUAUUCAAUCAUCAUUUGUAUUCUCUGAUCACAAUUCAGUUUUCUUUGUAAGACUUUGUGUUUUGUAUGAGCUUUGGAUAAUCUUUUGACCAAUUAACACUUAAUACAUGUAAUCAUUAACACUUAAUACAUGUAAUCAUUAACACUUAAUACAUGUAAUCAUUAAAAUUGACCUGUUUUUUUAGCCAAGUUGUUUAAUAUUUGUUCAAGAUACCCAUGCUGAAUCUUGUUACUCACUUGGAUUAUAUAAUCAUUGAAAGAAUGAAGUUGAACAGAUUUGAGCUUUCAUAGCGAUACUUUUGUGAGUAAAAAAGGGAAAUAUCUCUCGAAACUUUAACCAUGGUAAUUUGACAAAUGGAUACAGUUUUGAAAAAAAUGGUCAACUUUUUUUAUUUUAGUUAUUUUAUUAAUGUAAAGAAUUUGUUGAAUAGCUUAAGUUUGGUGAUGCAAGAAUGAAAAUGUAGCCAUUUAAAUUAUAUCAACCAUAUAUUUGUGAAGUGUCAUACAUGUGCGUUAGUCAUGACCUUAUAUCAAAUUAGAUAAAAAAAUGUGUUUAAACAUUUUUGCACUCCUCAAAGGAGUCGUCACUUACGUGGCUUUUUAUGACAGCACAUGCAUUAUUUGCAAAGUGAUGCCAUCUAUUUCUUAGACACCACUGUUACCUUAGCUUUUGUCUAAAGGACUUUUGCACAUAAUAUUUGUGUGUUUAAGUAAAUUUCAUUCCUGUUUUUAUAUUGAACAAAAUAAAAUGUGAAGUUAGU